AUGGAACUAAACAAUGGCACACAAGUGACUGAAUUCAUUCUCCUGGGAUUUGCUGGUCAGCGCAAGUCUUGGCAUAUCCUCUUCACAGUAUUCCUAGGACUCUAUGUGGUCACCCUAGUAGGUAAUACUGGGAUGAUCCUACUCAUCAAGAUUGAUUCUUCCCUUCACACACCUAUGUACUUUUUCCUACAACACUUAGCAUUUGUUGAUCUCUGUUACACCUCUGCUAUCACUCCCAAGAUGUUGCAAAAUUUCAUAGGGACAAAGCAAUCCAUCCCAUUCAGAGGAUGUGUGGUGCAAUUAUUAGUCUAUGGUACUUUUGCCACAAGUGACUGCUACAUCCUGGCUACUAUGGCAGUGGACCGUUAUGUGGCCAUCUGUAACCCACUUCGCUAUCCAGUUGUCAUGUCCCAGAGAUUGUGCAUUAAGCUGUUACUCGGUUCUUAUGUCAUGGGUUUCUUAAAUGCCUCUGUAAACACAAGUUUUACUUUCUCUUUGAACUUCUGCAAAUCUGAUGAAAUCAAUCACUUUUUCUGUGAUGAACCUCCAAUCCUGGCCCUAUCAUGCUCCAAUAUUGGCUUCAACAUCAUGCUACUAACAGUGUUUGUGGGGUUUAACUUGACGUUCACUGUGAUGGUCGUCAUCUUUUCCUACACAUGUAUCCUGACUGCCAUCCUGAAGAUAUCUUCUGCUGCAGGGAGAAAAAAAGCCUUCUCCACAUGUAUUCUCAAGGGAGCAAGUAUUGAUCUCUUAGGCUCCAUCUAUAAACUUCUUGAUGGGGAGGACCCACAGAGGGAGACUUUGGUGGGCAAUCAUCCUGUACCAGUUGCAGAAAGAGAAUCUGGAGGCAACUUCCAUAUAG